AUGGAGGUGCUGGUCACUGAUGCCUUUGGCCUUUCUGACGACGUGCUUGUGUCCAUACGCUACGGCACCACCAGGCGGCAAGCUCCGCUGGAGUCUGCAUUGUCUCACCCCUUGAAGUUCCCGGCUCAGCUGGAAGAACUCAGCGAGCCGCUGAAGAUAGAUGUGCUCCAGCCAAUCGCCUCGACUCGUCUGGUGCUUCACCCACAUGAGGAAUACUACGGGAUAGGAUUCGAGCAGUCCGACAAUGUUGCCAUGGGCCUGCAUGUCCGAGCAUCAGCUGGGGGAGCAGAAGCAGGACCUUCCAGGGAGGUGCCGCCGACCAAAGAUUCGGCCGCCUCCGCUAAAGAUUACUUGGAGCAGAACGGCUUGCUGAAAUACGUCCAGUCGCUUCUCCAUGCCGUCAUUCAGGACAAGCCACAAGAUCCGUUUGCCUACAUGAUAGAGCAGCUGACGGCGGCCAAGAGCAAGUCCGAAGCCUGUGCUCGCGUGCUCUCACGGCCAACCAGCGCAGUGCCCCGGAGCCGUCCAAGCAGUGCCAUGCGGCCCGCUUCCGCUACUCCAGCACACCUUCGACCUAGCCCGCCACAAGUGCAGCCGCUACGCGAGGCCCCUGCGCCCGAGGAGGAUCCACCAGCCCUGCCGGCGGGGCAAACGGCAGCACCGGUGCCAGCUGUGUCGGAAGCGACGGACACAAAACAGCCGCGGGAGGCGGACACCGAGCAUGCGGCUCCACAAGAGACACAGAGCUGUGAAGACAGUGAGGACCCGACUUCUUCUGCAAUGGCGCAGCAAUUGCGGGAGGUCGACCGAAGCAGCGACAUGAAGCUAUCUCUUCUGAAGACGCUCGUGACAGCCUCUGAGUCGGGCGAUUUGGGUGCGGUUCUCUCAGCGGUGAACGUUGACAAGAGCCGCAGCCGCAUCCAGGCACUACUGGAAAAGUCAGCUGAAACAGGUGAGCUGGAAGCAGCCUUGAAGCGGACCAUGGACACCAAGGAUGCAUCCGAUUUGGAGAAGUUCAAGGGCCAGCUGCGAGAUGUGCUGCUGGAUGCCAAUGAGUCUGGCCAGAUGCUCGCGAUUCUAGAAGAGCUGCACAGACAGCCUCAGAGUGACAACCCGAACAAAGAGGCCACUGAGAUAGAAAAGCUGAAAGAACACUUGAAGACGCUUCUCCUGGAUGCCAACGAGUCUGGCAGAGUGCUUGAGAUCUUGCAGGAGAUGUCUGCGGAAAAGAUGGAGGAUGCAACCAAGCAGGCGGUGCUGCAGGAAAUCUCGGAGAUGGAAGUUCUGAAGCAGCGCAUGAAGGCUGCGCUUUUUGAUGCCGAUUCCAGCAAGAUUCUGGAAGCCUUGGAGACCACAAAAAGAAUGGCGCCACCCAAGCCGUCAGAAGCUGGAAAUCAAUCCGGCACCUCUCCGGCAGCUCCGGUGCGACCUGCCCACGGAGCCCAGGAACUGGUCACUGCCCAGUCCAAGAUGCAGGAUGGCUUGAAGAAUGGGCUUCUUGAACAGGGCUUGGAGAAGGUGAUGCAAAAAGAGAAAGAGCCGGCACAGGUGUCAGAGGAUGCAGAAGUCAAAGAUAGGCUUCGUCAGACAAUGAAUGAGGCAGCUGAGCGACAAGGUCUGUUGCUUACUGCAGAGGCCAUCGCUUUAGAGGAGCUGAGUGAUAUCAAGGGCAAGAUGAAAGAUGUCAUGCUGCAAGCAGCAGAAACAGGCACUCUGGCAAAGGCCUUGGAGCAACUCUUGCUAAGCGUCGCUGCAAAGCCAGUUGGCCCUGCUUCAUCCGAAGAAGAGGCCCUCAGAGCCAACGUGCGUGAGAAGGUUCAGGAAUCCAUUGCAUCUGGCAAGCUGGAAGAAGGUUUCCAGAAGCUAGCUGAGAAGAAGGAGAAAGCGAAGGAGCAGAAUGAGUUGGAAGUGCUACGAGAGAAGAUUGGAGGCAUUCUGGAGGAAGCCUCGGAUAGUGGCAAGCUGGACGCUGCACUGCAGAUGCUGCAAGAGGCGCAGCAGGAGACUAUUCAGGCAGCAGGCGUUGAUGAUCUGGACGCAGUGCGCAGCAACCUCCUCCUUGUAAUGCAAGAUGCUGAGGACUCUGGAAAGCUGGCUGCGGCAUUGGAAGCUGUGAGGAAGGUCGAAGACAAUGAAGCGGAGUCUGGCAAAAAUGCAGCGGACGACAUCGCCGCCAUCAAGGCUAAGUUCAAAACCCUCUUGAGCGAAGCCUUGAAGUCUGGCACGCUGGCCACAAGAGUGGUGCUCCUGAAGCAGCCUGGUAAGGUUCCAGCCCCUCCGCAAGGAGAACCGCCACGAGAGAUGGAGCUCAUGAAAGCUCAUUUGCGUGAGGCGCUCCAACAUGCAGCAGAGUGUGGACACCUUGCGGAAGCCUUGGCCUCCGCGCGCUGCCUCCAGGAAGGUGCAGGCAACACUGACCAAAGGAGUACAGAUGUUGAGGCCACAGCUGUGAAGCUGAGAGGAGUCUUGGCCGAGGCCGCGCUCUGUGGGCGCUUGGAGGAAACUCUCCGAACCUUGCAGAAGGGCGAGGAUCUCCAAUCUUCGGCCCAGCCAGUGGAGGAAGAUCAGAAGGUCCCGGAAGUAGCGGCUGUUGAAGCUGUCAUACCCCGCAGCGCGGACCCUUUGUCAAGGGACGAGGUUGCUGAGCAGCCACCUGGGUUGGAGCAGGCUGCAUCCGAGCUGGAGAAUUUGCGUGGCCGGCUGCGCAACAUUCUGGAGGUGGCCCUCGACGAGGGGCACUUGGAGCAGGCGGUGCAGAAGGCAGUCGAACGACAGAGCCCGGCCCAUGACCGUCCUGACGCCGCAGGAGAGGAGCAGGCAAUGGGUGAACUGCAGGUGGAGGUUGAUGAAAUUCGCAGAGAGGGGCGUGAGCUCCUCGAAACAGUGGACAGGCUCUUCACUGAUAUGCAGGAGCUGCAGCAGGCGAAUUUACGAUUGGCGCAGCGGCUCGACUUGGCCGGGCGGCCAUUGCGUCAGGUGCACCAUCCGCUUCCUGGGAUGACUGAGGCGGAGGCGCUUGCGAUGAUGCCUGCAGAAGGAGACUUGCCCGGUCUGCAGGCUCAGGUGGGCAGGAUGCGCGAGGAGAGUCAGACGCUGCGCUCUACGGUUGAUCGGCUGACACGUGAGAUGGAGGACUUGAAGAGGAUCAACAAUGACUUGGCCACGAAGGUCGAUGAUGUGAGAAUGAGGGAGUGGUCGGAUCGCCACACCCUGGCCACGGCUCUGCAGCAUUAUGUGGUGUGCCCAGCGUUUGCAAUGCCACUUGUUGGUUUGAGGUGGACGUGUCGCGAUUAUGCUGGCAUGCUCCGGAUACGACGCCUGCUAGCAGAUGCGGCUGAUGGUCGGACGGUACAAAGCCGAUUGGCACAGGAGCUGCUGCGGAGGCACCAGUUCACUGAGUAUGGUCGGCUGGAGGGCUUGCAAGGUGUGGAUUGCUGGGAUUCUUUUCGCCAGCAGCAUCCGGUGACCGGCUUCUCGCAUUACGAGCCUUAUCUUGCUCGGAUUCAGGAAGGCGAGGCUAACAUACUUGCUGCUGGACGUCCGCUCCUGCUGGCCAUGACUUCUGCCACAGCAGGUGCUCCGAAGCUUUUGCCAGACAACCUGGACAUCCGCCAGACGUUCUAUCGCCGUGGUGGUAGUGUAGCUUUGGCAGUCAUCGAAAGGAGCUUCCCGGAGGCGUCCUGGACGCUGCAGCGCAAUCUGAAACUCGCUUUCAGGGCCAGCCUCAAGCGUUUGGACUCCGGCGUGGUGGUUGGCUGCAAAAGAGCACCUGACAGCAAGAACUUUGAUCGGUUACUCUGUGCGUACUCGAGCCCUCGGGCGGCAUACGACAUCAUGAACGAAGCCGAUGCCAUGUAUGCCCACGCCCUGUUUGCACUGAAAGAUCGCAGCUUGGGAAUAUUGGAAGCUAACUUUGCGCCUAACGUCUGCGACCUGCUGGACUUCAUUCAAGACCACGGCACAAGCUUGGCAAUCGAUCUUGAGGAGGGAAGGAUUUGGAGCAGGCAUAGGCCACAAGAUCCGAGCACGCGCGAGGAAGUUGAGGCUGCCUUAAACGAGGCUUUGCUUGCUGCUGGUGGCCCGGAUCCGAUCAGAGCUCAGGAAAUACGUGAACAGCUGGGCAAGGCUUUCUCUGCCCACGGCCUCUGGCCACGCAUGAAGCUUGUGAUAACCGUGACAGGUGGUAAUUUUGAAGCGAAUUCUGUACGGCUGAGACGACUGCUCGGUGGAGUGCCCAUUUAUUCGCCGUUCUACGCUUCAACCGAGGGACUGUUGGGGGUAAACCUUUUCCCCUCACAAGACGACACGCCGGCUUACCUUUUGGAUGCCAGCAGCAUGGUAUUUGAGUUUGUGCCGCUCUCAGCGGAAUUGGGGACCGCCACGACACUGUUAGCAUGGGAGGUGCAGGUCGGCCAGGUUUACGAAGUACUUGUGACAACUCGUGGCGGCCUUUGCCGUUACCGGCUUGGCGAUCUGGUACGCGUCGUUGGUAACUUGGACAGCAGACAGAUUCUGGAAGUCUGGAAGGAAUAUGCGUUCGUGCGGGCGCUGGCAAAGAGCCCUCUUGCGGAGAAGGUGCGAUCAGCCGUUCUAUUGCAGCUCGAGCCAAGGCUGCCAAAGCCGCCUCGUAAACUCCGCAUGCUCCGGAUAUGUGUCGAGGAGGACGUAGGGUGUGAAGUCUUGCAAGAGGAUCUGCUGGCUUGGGACUUGGCUCUGCAAUCAGAAAGCCAGGAAUAUAAAGAACUUCGUGAGACGGGCUGCCUGGAUAUGCCCAACUUGCAUCGUUUGCCAAAUGGUAUGGCAUAUCUGAGCUUCAACGAAAGCUUCAACACGAAUCUGAAGUUCACCACGGAUGACGCAGAUGAGAGCGAUGACAUGCUCAAGAAGGACCUGCCCCUGCGCUACACGUGGUCCAUUUGGGAGCAGAUUAUGCAGUCCAACGACAAAAGCUCGGCAUACUCGGAUGCCACCCACAAGGUUGCAAGCUUCGCGACAGUCCAGACAUUCUGGAAGUUGUGGAACCACAUGCCACAGCCUUCUGAGCUGUUGCAGCAGAAGCGCAUGGUGCGAGAACAGCCGGACGGGCUUCAUGUGAUCGACGCCGUCAUGAUCUUCCGGGAAAACAUUCGACCCGAAUGGGAGGACAAGAUGAACGCAGCUGGGGGGCAUUUCCAGUUUCAGCUGAAGCCAGGGAUUGGCGGUGGACAGGUUGAUGAGUACUGGAAUAACCUGGUACUUGGCAUGAUCGGCGCCACCAUCGAGCCUGCCAACAUGAUCACCGGGCUACGCCUGGUGGACAAGCUCUCUGGCCCCAGAGCUGCAGGUGUCAUCCGCCUUGAGGUGUGGUUUGCGAAUUACGACGACACUCAGGCAGUAAAUGCGCUGAAGAAAAACGUGGAGAAGUGCAUGGCAACACGGCUGGAUGGAAGCAUUGGCGUUGCGCCCAAAUGCGAAGUGAAAUCUCACUCGACGUCCGGCAAGCAUUGA